ACAACAUCUUACUUAUGUAACACAAAUCAUCACUACUACUAUUAUCAACUCAAUCAUUCCCUCUCAUUUCUCUCUAGUACCAAACAUUCUCCAACAAAAUGUUGAUCAAUCUUUCAUUUAUAAUCCUGCUUCUUGUACUGAGCCCAUGCUCCUUACUAGUCAAGGCACAGCAUCAAACCAACAGCCUCAUAUUAGACACAUGCAAGAAAACUCCCAACUAUGCACUCUGUGUCUCGACUCUAAGAUCAAAUCCUCAUAGCUCGACAGCAGAUGUGGCCGGUCUAGGCCUGAUCUUGGUUGGCGCUGUGAAGGCCAAGUCCACCGCGGGGCUCAAGACCAUCAGUGAGCUUUCGAGGGCCAACCCGGCACUGAAAAAGAGGCUGAGCCAGUGUAUGGAGGAUUACAAGAUGAUACUGAGUGCAUUUAUCCCGGAAGCAGAGCAGGCCAUAGGAGGAGAUCCUAAGUUCGCUGAAGAUGGAAUGAAUGGAAUUGCAGACGUGACUGCGCAGUGUGUGAAGAGCCUUCAGGGAGUUCGAGCCCCGUUGCCUAGUACUAAUAAACUUGUACAUGAUCUUUCUCUUGUGACUGUUUCCAUUAUCAGGACAAUGUUGUAAUUCACAGGACUCUCAUAUCUACAAAGACAAAUGUGUGUCUGCGUAGGUACUGAUUUCUGUUUCGCAUAUAUAUAUAUAUAUCUGCAAGAAAA